AUGAUUUCACUCAUUCCCUCACUAUCUCAAUAUCGCACUGGUGGGCGAUUAAAAAAACCAUGUUUCCUUGUUUCUAGGAACAAUAGGUAUAUGCGUGUGUAUGUGUAUGCAAGCGAGAGAGAGUGUGUGUGUGUGUGUGUGUGUAUAUUUACUUCCACACGGGUUCUUAUCGCCAACGCAGUGGUUGUUUUAUUUGGUCUUUCUAGUUUCUCUUCAGCGUGGGCCACCCAGGGCGUGCAGUGGACGUUUGAUGUUAGAACUAACAGGACACGUUUAGACAUUUGGGUGUCUGACAACAGACCAAAUGCGAACUUGCUAUCGCUUCAGUAUGUGUAUCUAGGUAGCACUCAAGCAUUCUUUUACGUCCUGAUGACGUUUGUCACCGUCUAUCUCUCCGCUGAGAGAUGCAUUUGUAUUAUACGGGUUCUUAUCGCCAACGCAGUGGUUGUUUUAUUUGGUAUUUCUUGUUUCUCUUCAGCGUGGGCCACCCAGGGAGUGCAGUGGACGUUUGAUGUUGGAACCAACAGGACUCGAUUAGAUAUUUGGGUGUCUGACAAUAGACGUGAUGUCGAAUUGUUCAAUGAUGCUUGUAAUGGAAUGGCACUGCCUGUGUUAGCGGAGAUCAUGAUCCUAGUAUGUACGGGUUUUAUGCUUCAAGGAAUCAGGGACUCAACCAUGUUCAGACAAAGAAACGCAAAGAAAGAGACUUCACAAAAAAGCCUAAAUUGCAGGAAAGACGUCUGUCCAGCAGAAAUCAAAGCAAAUAUAAUUAAAAGAACAACGAUAAUGUCAAGCAAGGACCUGAAACUUACAAAAAUCGUUGUAUUGUUGGCCAUGCUGUUUUUUGUUUGUAACUUGCCUGUUUUUGUCAGCUCUUUUUUGAGAACUUUGAUACCAGAAAUACGUGUGUACGGACGGCAAAAUAAAUUACACGCACUGUUGUAUAGUUUGGUGCUUGAGUUUGGAGUUAUCAACUGUACAGCGAAUAUCCUUGUCUAUUAUAACGCCAGCAGCCGAUAUAGACACGAGUUUAAGAUUCUAUUUAACAGGUUUGGUUUCACGCGAGACCAUAAUUUGCAUUGA